CGUUGAUUUGUAUUGAAAAGGUAAUAAACACAUUUCCCUUGUCUCUCAAAUAUCAAAUUUAUUUUCAUUUGCAAAUAAAAGUUAAAAUAAUGAGGAGCUUUUGUUUUAACGCCUUACCAAAGGCUCACAUAUAUGUGAGAAAUAAAUACGGCAUAUUCGGAACCAAUUGUAUGAAAGCGUAUUCUACAAGUUUAGAACCGAAGGAACCACUUGUGCGUACACAGACAAUACCCGGUCCAAAAUCAGCUGAGCUGAAGGCACAAUUGAACGCAGUUCAGAGUACUGGAACUGUACAAUUUUUUGCCGAUUAUGAAAAAUCUUCAGGAAACUAUAUUUGUGAUGUGGAUGGGAAUGUUUUACUUGACGUUUAUACCCAAAUUUCAUCAGUUCCGCUGGGUUACAAUCAUCCUAGGCUCCUUAACGUUUUCAAGGAUGAUAAAAACUUGAAAACUCUGAUCAAUAGACCGGCACUUGGUGUUUUUCCUGGAAAAGAAUGGCCCGAAAAGCUAACUUCUAUUUUAAUGAAUAUUGCCCCAAAAGGAUUGAAUAAAAUCACGACAAUGAUGUGUGGCUCAUGCUCAAACGAAAAUGCUUUUAAGAGCAUUUUCAUUUGGUAUCAAAAUAAAAUGCGAGGAAAUACUGAAUUUACUGCAGAUGAAAUGAACUCUUGUAUGAUCAACAUGCCACCAGGCGCCCCGAACCUUAGUAUCCUCUCUUUUAAAGGUGCUUUUCACGGCCGCACACUGGGUGCACUCGCGACGACUCACUCAAAAUAUGUUCAUAAAAUUGACGUUCCAUCUUUCGACUGGCCUAUUGCAUCGUUUCCCCAAUACAAGUAUCCAUUGGAAGAGAAUGUAGCGGAAAAUAAAAAAGAAGACGAAAAGUGCUUGAGUGAAGUACAAAGCUUAAUCGAGCUUUAUAAAAAGAAAGAUAGACCAGUGGCUGGAGUCAUCAUAGAGCCGAUACAGAGCGAGGGAGGUGACAAUGAAGCCUCGCCUGAAUUUUUUAGAGCUUUACAAAAUAUUUGUAAGAAAAACGGUGCUGCACUUUUGAUUGAUGAAGUUCAAACUGGAGGAGGAAGUACUGGAAAGUUUUGGUGUCACGAACACUUUAACCUUGAACAUUCUCCUGAUGUCGUUACGUUUAGUAAAAAAUUGCAACUUGGAGGAUAUUUCCAUAGUGAUGAAUUCGCAUCGAAACUACCUUAUCGAGUUUUUAACACUUGGAUGGGUGACCCAGGAAAAAUAAUUCUCUUGGAAGAAAUAUUAAAAGUUAUUAAGGAUGAGCAUCUAAUGGCAAAUGUUGAUGCUGCUGGAAAAGUUUUGAAACAGGGCUUGUUAAGCUUGGAAAAUGAGUUCCCCAAUCUAUUGAAUUCCACUCGCGGACGUGGAACAUUCUUAGCAGUAAACUGUGCUAACACUAAAGUGAGGGAUUCUAUAGUCACCUCAUUAAGGCAGAACGGUGUUCAAACAGGUGGUUGUGGAGAAAUCGCGAUUCGCUUCCGCCCAGCUCUAAUAUUCAAAGAAACCCAUGCCAAUAUCGUUUUGGAUCGAUUUAGAAAUGUUCUGCGACAAAUGUAGAUUUUUAUAAUAUAAACAAAUGUGCUCUGAAUAAAUAUUUUAAACUA